AUGGCGGAAGAGCUGAAAAAGACAAAAAUGAAUACGUUCGAAGAAAAUCCCGAGUUUGAGCACCAAUUAUUGACCACUGACAAUUGUGAACUUUUCGUUGAAAAGGCAAAAGAAUGUUUACUAUUGAGGCAAUUCAAGCGAUGUCACAAAAUGUGCUUAGCAGGGAUAUCUGUGGCAAAAACACAAUCAGAUGAAGCUAGGGCGGAAGAGACCGUUGAGCGACUUUGUGUGGUUUGUAUCCAGGCCUUAGCCGAACUGGACCAGUGGCAGGAUGUCCUGCCUAUGAUACAGAACGUUUAUGGCGGUGUGGAGACUUGCCCUGCAACAGUCAUACAGCUAUGCAUUCUGAUGCAUGUGAAAGUUAAGGAAUUUUCCCAGUGUCAUGCAGUUGCAAGUAUAUGGCUCCGAUCUGAGAAUAAUUCCAGAAAGACGGGAUAUGACAGAGUUGCGACCCUUUUUGUGAUUAAAGUUAUGAUUCCACGGGGACAAUUUCAACUAAUUCCGCCAUUUUUGAACAACAAUACACAUUUAAAACAAGACAGCAUAUCUGCGAUAUUGAAAGAAUGUGAAAGUGUGCACACAAGGCUUGAGACUGAGAUUGAGAAAAGUGAGAAGUGUGUUAAGACUGAAUUGUCUUCACAAACAGACAGUGACCAGCCAGAUUCAAUAACAGAAGAGACUGACCAAACGGAUCAAGACUCCAUGUCAGUCCUCCAGUAUGUGAAGUACUUUGGAUGUAUGAUUGCCAGCAAGCUUGCCUACCCCAGUAUUUCUAUGUUGCUAAAAAUAGCAGCAGCUUCCGUUGCUAUGGCAAUGUUCCUUAAAAUAUCCUUGGAUGGUGAUCUGUUGAGCAGACUAGGACAAGCCACUCUGUUAUGGGAGAACGCAAUACAGAUCCUAAAGACAGUCUUCUCCCCUUACAGGCCUGGAAGAUGAACUCCAUGAAUAUUAUAACUGAGGCCAGAGAAACACUAUGUUCAGAUUCUCAUCCAAGCCACCACAAUGUUUUUUUUUAUUAGUUUGUUUUUCAAAAAUAAAGUGUAGGUGGUGUUGUUGGUUUUGUCGUUUUGCAGAAACUUCAAACUUGGCCAUAAUUUGUUAGUUAAACCUUGGCAAUAACUCGAAACUGGUUGAACAUAUUCAAAUGAAACUUGGUACACAUGUUGCCAGAGACUAUUCUUUAAUAAUCAUUGAGUUAUGCCCCUUGUUUGAGUAGAAAAAAGAGCAGAUAAAAAUUGGCGUUCACUCCUCAGUGUUCUUGUAUGGCUAAAAUUUGGCUUUGGCAAAUAGUGGUUGUUAUUUUGGUGAAACUGAAACAAUAUCUGAACAUAUUUCUCGCUUUGUUAUGAGCUUGCAUACUUUUCUUAAAAAAAGAAAGUUGAAUUAUUGUGAUAGCCUCAGUGGCAUUGUCAAUGUUGUGAAAAAACUUGAACCUUGACCAUAACUCAAAAACCAUUAAAUGUAUUUCAAAUUAAACUCUGUAGACAUAUUACUUAGCAAGGCCCAUAACUCUGUAUUUAUAAAUUGUUAAGUUAUGUCCCAUGUUUGACUGAAAAAACAACAAAACCAGCCAAGUGUUUGGUUUGCUCACAUGCUAAAUUUAUUUGUGAAAUAAUUAGCCACCCUUAAAUGAUGUGUUUUUUUUAAACCUGGAUGAGCACUGCAAGGUUAGUUUUCUCUGUGUGAAUUAGUGGAGUGCCCUGAUUUGAAGUUGAGAUGGACUUGCAUCAUAAAAUGUGUGUGGGUCUUUUUGAUGGAACUGUUUAUAUGACAUAAGUUGGCAUGCGGUACAUACAUAUAGGGUAAAUCUUAAACGUAUUGAUGGUUCAAAAUUUGGAUAGUUGUAGACGAUGAUAGUGUCAUUGUUGUAAACAAGAAAAAGUUGAAGAUGUCCUGAUAUAUUUAAAGCUGCACUCGAACAGAUUGAACGUGUUAACAACUUUUUUAUUUUUCGUCUUGGAACAGGCCGUUAUUUGCGAAAAUGCAUGGAAACCAGUUGAAUAAGACUGCUGAAAAAAAAAAAAUCACAGAUUUUUAUAUUUAAGUUCAAAAACAUUGUAUGCAUUUUCUUAAACCGUUAGUAAAAAUUUGCUCUUUCCAGACAGAAACAAAAAAGUUGUAAACACGGUAAAUCUGUGUUUUCACGACUUUAUAUAAAACAGCCACAGCUGAAAUACUGUCUCAAAAAUUCUUAGAAGUACUGAUCACUAAUGGAAUGCGCUGAUGAAAUUUCUAAAUUAAUAAAUAAUUGAAAGUUGCAAUGAUGAGACUAAGAAGUCCGGAACACAAGGCUCAAUGCUACUACAUGCUCAGGUGAGCUAUUGUGAUAGCCCUGUGUCCGUCAUCGUCGUCGUCUGUCGUCAACAAUUUGACUGUUAACACUCUAGAGGUCACAAUUUGGGCACUAUCUUAAUGAAACUUGUUCAGAAUGUUACCCUCAAUAAAAUCUUGGAUGAGUUCGAUAUUGGGUCAUCUGGGGUUAAAAACUAGGUCACCAGGUCAAAUUAAAGCAAAAGCUUGUUAACACUAUAGAGGUCACAUUUAUGACUGUAUUUUCAGGAAACUUGGUCAGAAUGUUAAUAUUAAUACUCUCUAGGUCAAGUUCGAUUCUGGGUCAUGAGCGGUCAUAUACUAAGUCACCAGGUCAAAUUGAAGGAAAAUCUUGUUAACACUCUAGAGGUCUCAUUUAUGACUGUAUCUGCAUGAAAGUUGGUCAGAAUGUUUAUAUUUAUAAUCUUUAAGUCAAGUUUAAAUCUGGGUCAUGUGCGGUCAAAAUCUAGGUCAUUAGGUCAAAUCAUAGGAAAAGCUUGUUAGCACUCUAGAGGUCACAUUUAUGACUGUAUAUCCAUGAAACUUAGCCAGAAUGUUUACAUUGAUUAGCUCUAGGCCAAGUUCGAAUCUGGGUCAUGUGCUGUCAAAAACUAGGUCACCAGGUCAAAUAAUAGGAAAAGUAUUUUAACACUCUAGAGGCCACAUUUAUGACCAUAUGUUCAUGGAACUUGAUCAGAAUGUUAUUGUUGAUUAUCUUUAUUGGAUCAGCUGAGCGAUUCAGGGCCUUCAGGGCCCUCUUGUUUGAUGAACUAUUAAUUUCGAAUAAAAAUGAGGACUAUCAUACUAGUUCACACUUCUUACAACAAUAAGAACAUGGUUGAAAUGGACAUCUUGGAGAAGCAGGCACCUUUAAAACUUAAGACCAUUUUCUCACUCUUUAAUUAUAAAUGCAUUUGUUUCAUAGGAAUAUCAAAAUAUUCUUUAUCUAUCACAUAAUUAUUUUUGUCAAUGAUAUUAUAUUUAUUUCAAGUCAUCAAAUAUCAUGACUCGGCAAAAUUUCCAUGAAGAGAAUCCAUUUGUAUGACAGUUUUUUUUAUAAUUUUUUUUAUAAAUUCUGUAGAAUUUAUAUUGUUGUCAGCAUUGUUCUUUUUCAUAUUCUUUAUAUAUUUUGUUAUUUAUCUGUUUCUAUGCCUGUGAUUUAUGUGUUAUAAUCUGGUUAAACCAAAAAUACAACAACUUUGUUAGGAUUUUUUCCAUUCUUGUGCAAUACUUUACUGCACAAACUAUGUAUAUAUGUUUUUGUAUUUGAACAAAGUUUUAGAAGAAAUUUACUGGCAUUUCUGAAACUAUUAUUAUAAAUAAAAAAAACAUGACAUAUAUCAUCAUUGUUAAUUUGUCACACUUUCAUGUCCGCUUCUUAACUUGAGCAUUUCGGAUCAAAUCUUUACCAAACUUGGUUACACUAUUUAUGAAUAUAAUAUCACUUCCUAACUUGAGAAUUUCUGAUCCGAUCUUUAUCAAACUUGGUGACACUAUUUAUGGGUCAAUCACUUCUUAACUUGAGCAUUUCUGAUCCAAUCUUUACCAAACUUGGUGACACUAUUUAUGGAUAUAAUAUCACUUUUUUAUCUUGAGCAUUUCUGAUCCAAUCUUUACCAAACUUGGUAACACUAUUUAUGGAUAUAAUAUCACUUUCCAACUUGAGCAUUUCUGAUCCAAUCUUUAUCAAACUUGGUAACACUAUUUAUGGUUAUACUAUCACUUCCUAACUUGAGCAUUUCUGAUCCAAUCUUUACCAAACUUGGUAACACUAUUUAUGGUUAUAAUAUCUUAAUCAUCAGUCAGACAAACUAUUGUCUACCAGUCAUGAUGGCCUUGCAUUGACCAAAUUUGACCAUACUCUCUUACUUGAGAUUUUAACCAAACUUUGUGAUAUGUUAUUGGGAAUAAUAUCUAUACCAAGUUCGAUCAACAGCCGGAUUGUUUUAUUGAAUAAUGUAGUA